GCCAAGUGGCUUCACGCGUAGAGGGCAAGAUGUGGCCUAGAAAGAAGGAAAAGCACAGGAUCUGUACUAUAAGGGUAUCUGUAUCUGUGGCUGUAAAUCUAAUCCGAUUGCAUAUUCAGAAUCUAAGAAGUUUCCUUGAAAAUAUGAAUGCAGUUGUUUUCAAUUCUCGCUCUUUCUUCAACCUUCCCUCUUGUUUUUCUUUCAGCAAGCAGCUCAAUCUGGGAAAACCCGUUUACUCUCUGAGAGAUGGGCAUCUAGCUUUUGCUUCACAAAAGGAUGAGCGUCAAUUAAGUGUUUCAAACACCAAGUAUAAUGGAAGUAGUAGUGGCAGACCACCCCGGAAAAGUUCUGCAUCAAGAAGAACAAAGAAGGAGGAUGAGAGUGAAAUUUCUCAAUCCUCUGAUGGCAAACUUCCCAUGUCACCUAAACAAGAAGAGAUCAUUUCCCUGUUCAGGCGGAUACAGUCCUCAAUCUCAAAGGGAGAGGGCAAAGAGGCUAAGAGUACCAAGCAGACAAAUCACAACUUGUCUCCAACUGAAUCAAUUGUGGAGAUUCUUCGUCAAUCAAAGAAACCAAUAAAAGAGUUUGUCAGUUUUUCAGAUGGAACUACAAAAAGAGGAGAUAAGGUGUUGACACGAAAACGAAGUGUGAAGAAAGAUGAUAAGGUACAAGAUGAUGCGCAACAUGCAGUAGCAAACUUCAAUUUAACUCGCCCGCCAUCUAAUUUUGUUAAGAGGUCACCAAUACCAUCCCCAUCAAUCGCAAGAGGAAAUGCUAUUGAGUUGAGCAGUGAUCCAUCAACAACUACGGACAGUGACAAGGUGUUGGUAUUGCCAAGAACAGAGGAAAUGAAACUCUCCGAGUUGAAAGAACUAGCAAAGUCAAGGGGACUUAAAGGUUACUCGAAGUUGAAGAAGGGUGAGCUUUUGGAAUGGUUAAGGUCCUAAAAGCCUAAAAAAAAGAACACAAACUAGCGGCUUGAAGUUAAUGGAUUUCAGAAGCAAGAAAGUGGUGAGGAAUUGUAGUGUUUUUCCAUUCAAAGUGUUUGAUUUUCACUCUAUUUUCUUUCUUUUAUAUUUUUUAUUUUAUAGCCUUCUAAUAGUAAUGCUUAUUGGAUUUACAACUCUAUAGUUGGGAAAUUGCUCUAAUCCCUAAAUUUCAUUGAGCAAUUGAACCUCCCUUUGUCAUGUAGAGUAAUUUAUUAAAAAAAAAAUCAUGUUUUUAGUAGCCAAA